AUGAUAUCAUCUGCAUUUUGGCUCGUUCAAGGCAAUUAUAUCAAAGUUUCUCGAAGUGAUGACAGUGCUAAUACAGAACUACUCGUAACUAGUACCUGUACCGGUGGGAGAACUUUUAGAAGCUUUAUUACCAGCUUCGGUAACUUCAGAUAUAGCACCACCUGGAACAGCAACGCAUGUCGUCGAACUUGUUCUUUAAAUUCCCAUAGUGGCUCCUACAGAUCCUCUCAAGGCUUCAGUCAGCUGCACUGCAGCAACAACAACAUUGGAGGCUAUAAUUACCUGUCCUUUUGGUGUGACUGGAGUGGUGGUGAUGGAGCCGUGAUGAUGAUUGGUGGAGGAGGCGAUAGCUGCAGCAGGGCGGACCAUGGUAUUGGUAUCACAGAGGCUGAUGAGGCAAGCUUCCGCACAUCGUUUCAACAGAGCGACUUUGGUGACGAGAGCGGCUACGGAACCUCAAGUUAUUCACUCAAUCUUUGGUAUAAAUAG